AUGAUCAAUAGUUCUCUAGUGUCUGAAUUUAUAAUUUUAGGCUUGUCCACUCGUCCAGAAUUGGAAGCAACAUUUUUUAUUGUUUUCUUGAUAAUUUACACUGUGGCUUUAAUUGGUAAUUUCAUCAUCUUUAUACUCUCCAUUAUUGACUCUGGUCUUAAUACGCCCAUGUACUUUUUCUUAGGAUUUCUGUCAUUUCUUGAUAUCUGCUGUACGUCAGCUACUCUUCCCAAAAUGCUAACAGGCUAUGUUACAAAAUCUAAGGCCAUUUCAUAUUAUGGAUGUGUUGCUCAAUUAUUCUUCUUCACUUGGCUCAUGGGUACUGAGCUUUUGUUGCUUACUGUUAUGGCUUAUGACCGAUACAUUGCAAUUGGAAAUCCAUUGCAUUACGCAAACAUAAUGAAUCGUAAAGUCUGCAUUCAGGUAGCAAUCAUUAUCACAAUUAUUGGUUCUCUGAAUUCAAUGACACAUACAUACUGCACCUUUCGACUUCCAUACUGUGAUGAUAACAAGAUCAAUCAUUUUUUCUGUGAGAUAAUGCCUUUGCUGAAACUUGCAUGUGGAGACACCUACAUAAACGAGAUUGUGGUAUUUACUGCUGAUUUUAUUCUUGGCAUUUGCUGUUUUUGCCUAACCUGUAUUUCUUAUGUCUUUAUAAUUAACACAAUACUGAAGAUACGUUCUGCUGCAGGGAAACGCAAAGCCUUCUCUACUUGUGCCUCACAUAUAAUAAUUGUAUCCAUGUACUAUGGGGCAGUUAUUUUCACCUACAUCCGACCUCGGUCUAGUCUGUCUUUAGAGAAAGAUAAAAUAGUUUCUGCUUUAUAUGCUGUAAUAACACCAACUCUGAACCCUAUAAUAUAUAGCCUCAGGAAUAAAGAGGUGAAGGAAGCAUUCAAAAGGACUAUUAAGAGACUGUUGCAACAUAAGUUUACAAAUAGGACAUAG